UUUUAUCGAUGGAAGUUUUAAUUCGCAACUGAUAAGGGGAUUAACCGAAUAAAACCAGUUUUGUACAAAUUAUUCGGGUGAUUUCUGAUCCGGUCAGAGGACUAAGAGGUCAGACGAUAUCUAGAUUAAGAAGAAAAUAGAUUAUUGGUUGUUAUUUGCAAUUCUUUACCCCAAAGUUUUCUUAGUUUCAAUGUUUAUCGUUUGAAAAAACAAAAAUCUUUCGCGAGUUGUAAUUUACGUCAUCUUUAAUCUCUCAAAGUCUCUCCCCCACCUCGACGACUGAUCACAUUUAUUUGUAUAAGAACCCUAAUAGCCGGUCAGUGUCUCGCAGGGCACCAAGUGUGGCGAAUCACAUUGCAUACCGGCUUCUCGUGAAUUAUUUGAAGAAAACUUGAGAACCAUGGCAACAGCGAAGUUCAAAGAGGCAUCGCCGUACACGAAACCGCAACCCGCGCCACCUCCACAGGACUAUCUUCAUCAAAAAUACCUGGAGGAUAUUACAUUGAAAAAUGAAGCACGCCAUAAGAUAAUAAAGCUAGCCUUGUUCGGUGUGGGCAGAGCUGGGACCAUUCAUCUUUCCAACGUCGUUGCAAAUCAACGUGUAAAGUUGCUUUACAUAAUAGACGACGUCGAGUCCAAAUGGGAGGCUAUCAGACAGCAUUGGCACCUGGACGACGUUACCUUCUUGAACAGUAAACAGUCGGACAAAGUAUUCAGUGAUCCUAACAUAGAUGCAGUUAUUGUCGCCUCGCCUACAUACACUCAUGAGACUAUUGUGAGGAAAGCUUUAGAAGCGAAGAAAGCCGUCUUCUGUGAGAAACCAGUGGCCGAGGAUCGCGUUAAUACGAUGAAAUGUUACGAGACUGCCAAGAAGGUCGGUAAACCGUUGUUCAGCGCCUUCAACAGACGUUUCGAUCCCAGCUACUCGUCCGUCAGGGAGAGGGUCAGGAAAGGAGAAGUUGGACAUGUACACACCAUUAAAUCUGUCUCCCGGGACUCUCCUCUUCCUAGCUUGGAUUACUUGAAAAUGUCUGGUGGUAUAUUUCAUGACUGCAUGGUCCAUGAUCUGGAUAUAAUCACCUGGGUUCUUGGAGAAUAUCCGGUCAAGGUUGCCGUCCAAGCCACUGCAAACAUUCCAGAAAUCAAACAGAUAGGCGACUUCGACACAGUGGCGGUUUCUUUGUACUUCCCUUCAGGUACAUUAGGGAUGAUUGACUUAUCAAGAAACAGUAAUUACGGAUACGAUCAGCGUCUUGAAGUGUUCGGUCCCAAGGGUAUGAUCAAAGCGGACAACGAACAACCGAUUCACUGCGUCAACACCCAAUACGGUCUUCAAGGACCCAAUAGUUCUCCAAUUUGGUACUCGUUCCCCAGUCGAUUCAUGAACGGUUAUCGCAGGGAACUGGACCACUUCGUCGACGUUGUACUCGGCAGGGACGAAUCGUCUGUCUUAGCUAAAGAGACUCUAGCUGUUUCCAAACUUGCCACCGCCUGCGAGGAAUCUGCUCGUAGCGGAAAAAUGGUUGAAAUUAAGUGGGCUGUAAACGAGUUGCCCGAGGUUGUAUAAAGAAAUAGCGAAUUUAUGAUAUUGAAAAUUCAAUUAUUCCAUUAUCAAUUUUUGUUUAGGAAAAAGAAUAGAAAUCUGCAGAGUCUGCAGUUUCAAAUUCCUUUCACUUCCUAUUUUGUUUUGUUUUUUAAAACGCAAUUGCGACAAGGAAGAACUUUUGAGAAACUUAGGUGAGAUCAUGUUGUUACACUUCUUUUAUCGAUAUAAUAAAGAAAAUACAGAAAAAUACCAUAUACCUUAAAUAAAUAGUAAUGAUACAAAACUCACAAUGAUUCAUCUGUUUGUAAACUUGAUUGAACUGUAUAAAGAAAAUAAUAGAAGUUUCUAUAAGUUGCUUGUAUCUUAUUUUGUAAAGAAACAGAGAUUUUAGAUUCUUUAAGUCAUGAUUGCAGCAUUAUUAGAUGGUUUUAUUCAUUAAAAUGCUGGAGGAACUAAGUUUGGUCGCAAAAGAAACAUUUUACUUUUACAUUAUUCAUUUUUUCAUUUUUAAAAGAACCUUCGCUCCCAUUUACCUUCACGAAAAUAAUAAGCUGCUCAGUUAAAUUAAAACAUUCUUUUAAUUCACCAUUUAUUGCCCUUAAAAUUAUGUACUGCGAUAAUUAUGGUUUAAAUAGCAUAGAUUUUUUUUUACUUUAUAAAUUCUUCAUACGUAGCAAAAAAAGGAAAGAUAUGCACAGCAAUUGUAUAGCUCUUUUAUAGUAGUCCUUGUUUAAAAUGAAGGUUGCGUUUAUAGCUGCUCGAUGAAAUUAAAUCUGAAAUUUCAUGCUGCUAUCGAGCAACGAGCAUGCUUGCCUGAGCGUCGUUUGGUCGUUUUAGUGCAUCAAAUGUACAAUUAUUAUCGUUGAUAUUAAAAAUUGCUACCAAAAAUCAA